GGACAAGACUAAAACAGCUCAUCAGAGUCGUUCCCUGGGGACAAGGUAAAAUAACAGUUUUCUAUGGAAUUCUACCAAACUGAUGCAGGAUUGUGCAGCUGUGACUGAAGCCUAAAGCCUCUGUGAGAGGGACAUCAAACAAUAUGGAUGCUCUGAACUCAUCCCACACCACCAACACCAGCAGUAGCAGUAACACCGGCCUCUUCUCUGGAAGCCCCUACACAACAGUGGAGAUCGUUAUAAUCAUCCUGGUGGCUGGAUCUUUGAGUCUGAUCACUGUCAUUGGGAAUAUUCUGGUCAUGCUCUCCAUAAAGGUAAACCGGAACCUUCAGACUGUCAACAACUACUUCCUGUUUAGCCUCGCCUGUGCAGACCUCAUCAUUGGCAUCUGCUCCAUGAACCUCUAUACUGUCUAUAUUGUGAUUGGCUACUGGCCUUUGGGAGCGGUGGUGUGUGACCUGUGGUUAGCCGUCGAUUAUGUCGUCAGCAACGCCUCAGUUAUGAACCUACUCAUCAUUAGUUUUGACCGUUACUUCUGUGUCACCAAGCCACUCAGCUACCCAGCCCACCGCAGCACCAAGAUGGCUGGCCUGAUGAUCGCAGCAGCCUGGGUCUUAUCCUUCAUCCUGUGGGCUCCUGCCAUUUUGUUCUGGCAAUUCAUUGUGGGUGGGAGAACCGUGCCACCCGAUGAAUGCUACAUCCAGUUCUUCUCCAACCCAGUGGUGACCUUUGGGACAGCCAUUGCAGCUUUUUACCUACCAGUGGCCAUCAUGAUCCACCUCUACUGGCGCAUCUCUAAGGCCAGCCGUAGCCGUGUGAGGAGGGACAGCAGGAAGACCUCAGGUACCAGUCUGGCAGAAGCUCCCUCUAACAGCCAGGAAGAAGGAUGUGAGAACAACUGCGUUCCAUCAAAACAAGCCCAGACAGAGGCUAGAGGUGGGAAGAAGAAGGAAACACUGCAGCAGCAAAAUGGAAGUGGUCCCUGUAAAGAAGAGCAGGUGGAUCAGGUGGACUCCACAUUAGACAUUGUCCAUGCUUCAACAUCUAAAGACACCGCAGCCCCUACUUCAUUCAGGAAGAGCUCAAAUGGAAAAAAUCCAACACAGCCACCCUCUCCACAGACUUCAGCCGUUGAUAGACAAAGUAUGGUUGCAAGGACACUGUUAAUGGUGACCAAGCGUGCUGUCAGCGAGAAUGUUGUGGCAAAAUGGAGACGGAAAGGCAAUUCUUCCAGGGAGAGAAAAGUAACGCGCACUAUCAUGGCCAUCCUCGUUGCUUUCGUUGUUACGUGGACGCCAUACAAUGUGAUGGUCCUGAUCAACACCUUCUGCUCCAUCUGCAUCCCCAACACGCUGUGGACCAUCGGCUACUGGCUGUGCUACAUCAAUAGCACCGUUAACCCCGCCUGCUACGCCCUCUGCAACACCACCUUCAAGAACACUUUCAAGCACUUGCUUCUGUGCCAGUACAAGAACAUACGGCCACGAUGAGAGGGCAAAUAUGCACUUAAUGUUGUGAUGGAGUUGAAACAAUGUGAUGUAGCUUGUGAAGAGGGACAAAUGUGAAAAAUAGACUAGGUGUGUUCGUGUUUUGCACUUGCGCCAAUUCUUUGACAGCGUAAGAACUUAUUUUCACUUCUAUUGAGAGAAACUUUGUUUUAUAUUUGUACCAAAAUAUUAAUUUAUAUGAAUACUUUGCACUGUAUUAGAAUUAUCCAGACAUAAAUUGAACGUUACUGACUGUUUAUUGUGAGAAAAAAAACAUUUGAUAGUGUUAUUUUGAGCUUUGCUUUAAUAGUUUUCCUUUUUUUUUUACUCCUGCUUCAACAUAGAAACUUGUCUGUUGUUUAAAAUUGUGAAUAUGAUGUAAAAGUUUAACUCUAUUACAAGAACGAGGUGAAAUAGUUUAGGAAAGUACACUGUAUAAUAAGUAACAUAUUACUGCAGCAUUAGAGCCAACACCAAGCUGUAGGAGGACAAAUUCAUGUCCGCCUGAAUGAAACUUUGUCUUCAAACUGAAUUAAGAGGAGAAAAGUGAAUUAGCAGCUGUAAACUGAAAACACUGUGUUGUGACUGUCUGUGUGUGAGCAUGUUUUCUAAGUAGAUUUACUCAGACAUAUUUAGUUGAUAUCGGGUGAAAAUGCCUUCUGUAAUCUGUGAUUUUGUGAAAUGAAUCUAAAUGUGAAA